UACAGCUUAAUAUGGCGAACUUUGUUGAUUUUUUUCAGAAAGGAAAAACAUUUCGACCAAAAAAGAAGUUUGACCCAGGAACUCUCAGACACUCACUCCACAAACAUGCCGAGGCCUCAUUAAACUCUGGAAUAAAUCUCAGAGAUGUUGUGAAACUGCCACCAGGGGAAAAUUUUAAUGAUUGGCUAGCUGUUCAUGUUGUGGACUUCUUUAAUAGAAUAAAUCUAAUAUAUGGUACUGUAUCAGACUUUUGCUUGGAAGAAACCUGCCCCACAAUGUCUGGGGGACCCAAGUUUGAAUACCUUUGGGCAGAUGGUGUGAAAUACAAAAAACCCACACAACUUCCUGCUUCAAAAUAUGUUUCUCUUUUAAUGGACUGGGUGGAAGCACAGAUCAAUAAUGAAGAUAUUUUUCCAGUUAAAGUUGAUGUUCCUUUCCCAAAGAACUUCAUCCCGACAUGUAAAAAGAUUCUGACCCGAUUAUUUCGAGUGUUUGUUCAUGUUUAUAUUCACCAUUUUGAUAAAUUGGUUUCCAUAGGAGCUGAAGCUCAUGUGAAUACUUGCUAUAAACAUUUCUAUUAUUUUGUCACACAGUUUGACAUCAUUAGUCAAAAAGAGUUUGAGCCUUUGGCAGAAAUGACAAAGAAAAUUUGCAAAGAGCACCCUCCACAAUCCAAUUACAACUAGCUACUUGUCUGAAGUAAUGUUUUACCUUUCUAGCUGACACUUGAUGACAUAAUAACUAUAUUAUAGUCUAGUAGAUAAGUCUUUAUAACAUGUUUUUCUGAAAUACUCUGACAGAAUUGAAAAUCAAACUGCCCAUUUGUGAACAAAAAUGCUUUUCUAGUUCCAUUGUAACUGUUAUGAAAUCAUUAACUUGUUACAAGUAUUAUUAACUGCUUUUCUGCAGAGAAAUCUAUAGAUCAAAUAGAUAUAAAGUGGUUACACUGCAAGAUGAUAGAUGGGGCUUGGUAGUUGAACAUAUACCUGUUUUUGAAAUAUUCUUGGUUUUUUUGUAUAUUUGUUUAAGUGCUUUUGCAUUUCUGUUCAUUGACUGUGAGCAUUUAUUGUUGAAUAUUCAUAGGUUUUUAAUAAUCCAAAUGUUCUUAAGUUGGCAUGAAUGUUUUUCUUUAAUAAUAAUUGAACAAUGUUAAAAAAACAAAUUUACAAAAAUACCUUCAGUCUUUAAAAGAUAUAAUAAAACAGUAUAAACUUUGCCUUAAAACUUUCUUGGCCAAAGAACUAAAAAUAACAAAUUUAUAUUCCAUGUCAAGCACUAAAUACAAGAAUACAUGAAUUUAGGAUAAACCAGAAUUGUAUAUUUUUGCCAUUUGCCUUAUGUACAUAGUAAUUAAAUUUUUUCUAAUAUAUAUAUAUGUGUGUAUAUAACUGGGUAUGUGUGGGUGUGUAAUAUAUAUAUAUGUAUAUACAAUUUUUCAAAUAAACUGUAUUACAUCAAAAGUGCACAGGCGAUCACUCAGCACUAUUUAGCUCUGACAAAAUUAUAAUAUAACAUGAAAUUUAUUUAUUGUACGUGUAGACGUACGUGCCAACAAGUAAGUGAAUGUGCCAACAACUUUCUAAUGUAACAAUGUAAAAUUAUACCAUGUGUACAAAAGUAUAAAAGGUAUCAUUUUAAAAUGAAAAUGUCUGUGGAUGUAGCUCCCAAAAGCAUUGAGGAUAUUCCGUCUAUAACACCUAAUAAAAACAACAGAUGUAGAGCUAGUCAGCAUGUAAUAGAAAAAAAGGGGAUUAUGAUCUGGGUGCUAGAACCCACAACGUCCCAGAUCCCACUAUCACUCACUGUCUAUAACCGGUUGUGGGUAUGAUAGUUAUCCCUAAAAAAACCCAUAAAAAUAGAAAUAAUAUGUUAAACCACCCUUGAUGAUUUAAUAUCUUAAAGGGUGGUUUAAUAUCUUAUUUCUUUUUACAUGCUGACUAGCUCUGCAUCUGUUGUUUUGAUUAUGUUUGAUGAUAUUUUUUGUAUUCUUGUACAAAUGGCAUAAUAUUACAUUGUUAUAUUAGAAAUUUGUUGGUGCACUCACUUGCUUGUUGGCUCGUCCAUCUACAUGUACAAUAAAUAAAUUGUAGGUUAUAUUAUAUAUAUAUAUGCACACACACACAAUAGUUGAGAUUCUAGUCUUUUUUAUGCACAUUAAGUCAUUAUGAGUAUAUGUUUUUUACAUAGUUAUUUGUUUUACAUGUAUUAAGUCAUUAUGAGUAGUAAUACAUUUUAUAUGAAAUUAUUUUUCUAAGUGCUGUUACUGUCUUGGUUUUUUUGUAUCAUCAAUGAUACAAUAAAGAACAACAUACUGAAGACAUGUGCUGUAAUCAGUAUUAAGGUGCCAAAAUCUAAUGUUUUCUUGUGUGUGAAAUGAAGGUUAUUUUUGUUCCGUAAAAAAAAUAAACAUACCAGGAUGUAGAAUAUAUCUUGGAACUUGUUAGAAUGUAAAAAAACAUGAUAGAACUGGUACGUUUGUUUUGUAGAAUACCAAAGCACAGUCAGAAAUGUAGAAGCUCAAUUAUUAAACUUUAAUAAAUCUAGUCAGUGAUAAUAUGCUAAAUGUCAAAAAUGUUUAUACUUCUGGUUAAAUGUGGUUGUUAUUUACAAGCCACAGUUUAUGUAAAAAACAACAAAAACAGGCUGAAGUUCUUCUAGUCCAAGUAGUUCUGUUUGUUUGUAUGGUUGGGAAAAUAUCAGUAAUAAAAUAAAUUAGUGUAUGUAUAUAAAUUUUUGUUUUUGAUAAUUUAUAAUUUUAAAAAUAUGCCAUGAUCUUUAAACUGUAUCCUGAAUCCAUGAGUAGUCAAUUUUGUUUUUGUCAAGGUCCAAAUUUCUUGUUUUGUGUAAGUUCAAGUUCCAGCCAAUAUGAAAAUACUUAAGAGUUUUUUCCAAUAUACUUUAGUUUCAGAGGUUUAACCUGGGGCACUAUCGAAUGUACAUUUAUUAAUCAGUUUGAGUACAAAGUAGUUCUGUGUUGUUCUAAAGAUCUUGAUGUAAGUGUGAUUGAUAAAAUUGCAUAUGACUUAUAGGUCCAUUUGAAAUGUUCUGACAAUUUAUAUUUGGUCCACAGCCUGCUUAUUAACUCACUCUACCUAAAACUAUAUCAUUUGAAAUUUUUAGGAAAGUACUAGGUAGUAGUGAAACUAAAUUAGACACAGAAACAUAAAAAACUAAUUGAGAUGCCUCAUCUGUGAUUUACUUUUACAUGAGCUGAAAAAAAAAUCCCUGUUACUUUAGUAGUAUUUCUUUAGUGAGAAACAAUGUUCUAUCAAUCUGGGAUCUUUACCAUAAACAUUUGUAUAAGCAGACUUACCUGAGCCUGGUGACUGCUUUUCAAAGCUUUGUAGCUUCCUUGUUGCAAAUUUCCUUUGUGCUUUGAUAUAAAAUGCAAAGUUAAUCAGUAUUUGGCUUAAAUGUAAGGAAUUUGUUAACUUGUAAUUAUAAAUUGUGAAUACUUUGAUCUUAUGUUUUUAGGUUAAAAUAUUAUGUUACAUAGGAUGUUUGGAAGGUUUACCAAAACUUCAGUGUAUUUUAAAGACUUUGUUAUAUAUUAUAUUUAAUGUUACCUCAGGACUAUAACAAAUAUAUAUGGUUUUAGAAUUGAAUGGAUCUUUGAUGACCAUUGGGUCUAGACAGAUGUGUGAAACAAAGUGGCAAUACCUCGAAAGAUUUCUCAUCAUGCUUCUAGUAAACUUUUCCUCAGCCUUGUGGCUGUUCCUUAAAAACUUCUAUGUGUGAUCAUUUAGAAAAUGUGUAAUUUUUAGGGCCUUUUGUAUAUCUUUCCUAAGUUUUUAUCACUGAAGAAAAAUGUUUUUUUGUAGAAUAUGUAAAAACUUGAUAUUUCUGUUUUCUUCACUCUCUACUUAUAAUUAUGGGAGAAUUAAGUAAAGAAAAAUUAAAUGUCCAGGAGUAAAAUUAUUUUUAAAUUUAUAUUAAGGGUAUUAAAUAUGUAUUUCAUGUGCAUUCAUUGAGUUUUAAUUGUGUUUUGUUCUUUAAAAGUGUAUUUAUUAUAUAUAGUAUAUACUAGUAUAUCUUGCAUCUUUCCAUUUGCUGCACAAGCUGUGUCUAAUUUUUUUUUAAACCGUGUUAUAGUUUAUUGGAAAAACUAUAAUU